CAGCCCCAGACCUCAGUGACCGGCUCAAGCACAGGCCCAGACCCAACACCGGGGCUGCCUCGGGGGAGGUCAGUGGGGGCAGAGAGACGUGGCUCUGGUCGAUCGAGGACGCCUCUCCGCCUCCCCGAGAGGGGCCGAUGGCCGGAUUCUCUGACUCCCUGCUCCGUCUCCGGGCUUCCUUCUCGGCUGGGAAGACCCGACCCCUGGAGUUCCGCUGCUCCCAGCUCAACGCUCUGCUCUGCCUCCUGCGGGAGAAUGAGGAGGGGCUGCUCGAUGCCCUCUACGCCGACCUGCGCAAGUCCAGGUUCGAGGCGCUGGUGACCGAGCUGAGGUUUGUGAAGAACGAGGCAUGGACGGCCCUCAACAACCUCGAGAGGUGGUCCCGGCCCGAGGGUGUGGAGAGAUCCUUUGUCACCAAGCUGGACCACUGCUUCAUCCGGAGGGAGCCGCUGGGGGUCGUCCUCAUCAUCGGGACCUGGAGUCACCCGGUUCGAUUCCUGCUCACGCCACUCGUCGGGGCGAUGGCUGCAGGGAACGCCGCUGUCCUCAAACCCUCGGAGGUGAGUGGGAGAACCUCAGAGACGCUGGCAUCCCUCAUCCCUCGGUACCUCGACAAGGAAUGUUUCGCUGUUUUCACGGGGGGUCCCUCGGAGACCAGGAGACUCCUCCAGUACAAGUUCGAUUAUAUCUUCUACACUGGAGGCAGCCCGGUGGGGAAGCUGGUGAUGAAGGCUGCGGCUGAGCACCUGACCCCCGUCACCCUGGAGCUGGGGGGGAAGAACCCCUGCUAUGUGUCCCCGGACGCGGAUCCGGAGAGCACGGCCCGGCGGCUGGUCUGGGGACGGUUCCUCAAUGCCGGGCAGUCCUGCCUGGGGCCCGACUUGGUGCUGUGCACCCCGGAGGUGAGGGACCGGCUGCUGCCCGCCCUCAAGCGCUCCCUCCGGGAAUUCUACGGACCCCGGCCCCGGGACAGCCCCGACUACGGCCGCAUCGUCGACCGGCACCGCUUCCGGCGCCUCCGGGACCUCCUGGGAUCCGGACGGGUGGUGCUGGGCGGGGAGUGGGAUGAGGAGGAGAGGUACAUCGCCCCGACAGUGCUGGUGGACGUGAAGGAGUCGGACCCGGUGAUGAAGGAGGAAAUAUUCGGGCCGAUCCUGCCCAUCCUCUCCAUCAGCUCGAUGGGGGAGGCCAUCGAGGUCAUCAGCCGGGGGCAGAAACCCCUGGCCGUCUACGUCUUCUCCUCCUGUGCCAAGGUGAUCCGGGAGGUGUUGGAUCACACCAGUAGUGGCGGCUUCUGCUCCAACGACAACCUCAUGCAGAGCAGCCUCAACACCCUGCCCUUCGGAGGGGUCGGCUCCAGCGGCUUCGGCACCUACCACGGCAGGUUCUCCUUCGAGACCUUCUCCCACCGGAGGGCCUGCUUGCUGAGGAGCCCGGGGCUGGAGUCGCUGAACGUCGCCCGCUACCCACCGUACAACCAGCAGAAGCUGAACUGGAUCCUCUGGGUCACCGAUGUCAGGAGGAGGGAUUGCAGCUGCUCUGUCCUCUGAUCCGGGGAAUGGCCGACUUCAUCUUCUCGGGGCUUCUACUUGCUGCAUCUCUGUAUCAAUGCGUCACUUGCUGCAGUAAUGCAUCACCCUGGUGUUAAUGUGUCACUCCCUGCAGUAAUGCAUCGCCCCUCAUGUUAAUGCAUCACCCCUGCAGUAAUGCAUCGCCCCUCAUGUUAAUGCAUCACUCCCUGUGUUAAUGCAUCACUCCCUGCAGUAAUGCAUCACCCCUCGUGUUAACGCAUCGCCCCUCGUGCUAAUGCAUCACUCCCUGCAGUAAUGCAUCGCCCCUCAUGUUAAUGCAUCACCCCUGCAGUAAUGCAUCGCCCCUCAUGUUAAUGCAUCACUCCCUGUGUUAAUGCAUCACUCCCUGCAGUAAUGCAUCACCCCUCGUGUUAACGCAUCGCCCCUCGUGCUAAUGCAUCACUCCCUGCAGUAAUGCAUCGCCCUCGUGCUUAUGCUUCACUCCCUGCAGUAAUGCAUCACCCCUCGCGUUAAUGCAUCGCCCCUGCAGUAAUGCAUCGCCCCACGUGUUAAUGCAUCACCCCUCAUGUUAAUGUGUCACUCCCUGCAGUAAUGCAUCGCCCCUCGUGUUAAUGCAUCAUUCCAUCCAUUGAUGCAUUGUCUUGAUGUAUUACCCUUCAUGUUAACGUAUUACUCCCUGUACCAAUGCAUCACAUUUCUGAAUUGAUGCAUUCACUCCCUGGGUUAACCAAGUUCUCCCUGCAUUAAUGUAUCACUCCUGGUGCUAAUGCAUCGCUCCCUUCAUUAACCCAUUACCCUCUGCUAUAAUGCAUUACUCUCUGCAUAAAUCCAUUACGCCCUGUAUUAACGCAUUAUUCCCUGUAUAAUGCAUCUCACCCUGAACUAAUGCACCGCUCUCUGGUAUUGCAUUAUUCCAUGCAUUACUCCCUGCGUUAACACAUUACUCCCUGCAUUAAUCCAGUACUCACUGUAUUACACCUCAUACCAAUAUAUUACUCCCCAAGUUAACACAUUACUCCUUUUAUUUAUGAAUUACCCUCUGUACAAAUGCACCACACCCUGCAUUAAUGCAUCUCUUUCUGUAUUAAUGCAUUCCUCCAUGCGCUAAUGCAUAACUCCCUGCAUCAACACAUUAGUCCCUGUGUUAAUGCGUCACUCCCAGCAUUAAUACAUCUUUCUCUGUAUUAACACACCCCUGCAUCUAUUGAUCAUUGUUGCAUGUACUCAUGCAUUACCCAGUGCAGUAAGGUAUUACCCUCAUUCUGCCACAACGCAGCCUGUUAUUGCAGCAAGGCUGCCCGCAGUUGCUCCAACGCGGGUGCACAUUUGCAUUAAUGUCCACGCUGGUCGGAUUCCUCACAACAUUUCCUGCAAGGCUGCCCAUUAUUGUUGAAUCAUUGCAACCCUACACCCUGUUGUUUGCUGAGGUGCUGCUGAAAUGUUGCUCGUUAGCACCGACGUUGCCUGUUAUCGUGAAACUUCUGAUGGUUAUUGUUGUAUUAUUCCACUGCAGCUGCAUUGCUGCUGCAGUUUAGACCACUGUUGUUGCA